AUGCCCAUCAAUAGCUGGGGAUACGGUAAAGAAAACGGUAAGACUCCUUCAGAAUGGCACAAAAAUUUCCCUGUUGCCCAGGGGUACAGGCAGUCUCCCAUCAAUAUCAUGCUUCAUCAGGCCUCAUAUGACCCUAGCCUGCAAUCCAUUCUCCUCAAUUAUGACCACUGUUCCUCCAUUAACAUCUCCAACAAUGGGGAUUCUGUUGUGGUCGACUUUGAUGACACAGAUGACCGGUCAGUGAUCCGGGGAGGCCCUGUAGACAACCCAUACAGACUGAAACAUGGAAAUGGGUGCCGUGGCUCUGAGCACACUGUUGCAGGCCACAGCUAUGCUUCAGAGCUUCAUUUGGUUCAUUGGAAUGCAAUCAAAUACAAGACAUUUGGGGAGGCAGCAGCAGCUCCUGAUGGACUUCCUGUCCUUGGUCUCUUUUUAGAGACUGGUGAUGAACACAGAUGGUUCCAUAUGAUAACAGAUUCACUGUACAUGGUAAAGUUCAAGGGUAGUGUCACAGAUUUCAAAAGUUUCAAUCCCAAGUCCCUUAGCCUCCACUACUGGACGUACCUUGGAUCGCUGACCACACCCCCACUACAUGAAAGUGUUAUCUGGAUCAUCCUGAAGGAGCCCAUCUCUGUAUCAGAAAGGCAGGUCUGUGAACCUUUGACCACAAUAUUGACUAGCUGUAUAUUGACAGGACAUGAUGACCAAAGUUCUGUCAGCCUCUUAUUCGUUUACAAAUAUAGCACUUUUCAUAUUUAUUUAUAUAAAUGCUUUUUAAUAACUUAUUCAACAUUGAUCCUGCCCACACCGAAGAAGAAGCGGAAACCAACGAAGAAGAACGUGCACGAAGACGCACCCAACGGCGGCGAACAAAAGCGCUCCCCAACCCCGCCAAAAUCAAUGACCAGCCGCCUCAGCGCAACACCCGGAACAGGAGGGCCCCACGAUGCGCAGCGCCUGACGUGCCCGAGCCCCAGCCCACACCGCACGGAGCCCCAGCGAAGCCAAUUCACAGUUAACAGGACGAGCGAAACCACAAAACACGUCCAUGCCAACACCGAGACAGCCAACAAGGCAAACGGCCGGCCGCACCCCCACACUGACAGUCCCCAGUGCCCACUUCAGUCCCCAAACCAACGUCUGCGAGACAUCACCAGACAGAAUCACAACAGCAGCCUGACCAACAGCAGCAGGAGGAGCAGCAGCAGCAGUGACUCCUUGGCAUAG